AUGCUUCUACGUAUCCGCUCCCCAGCGGGAACUGCUCGUGUCACCGUAGACCCCAAUACCUCAGGAGAAGAUUUCGCCAACCUGAUGUUGGGUACCAUUCCAAAAUCUGACCCACAACCGGACCCUUCAACCCUUCGAUUGAGCAACCAGCCUGGUUCCAGUGGGGAGCUCGUACCCUUCCAAGCGCUCAUUGGACGUAAAGUAGGAGACAUGGGAUUCUCACACGGAGACCUUUUAUUCAUGUCGUAUAAACCACUCGAAGCUGACUCAACUUCCCAUCCUACGACAGAAGCUUCUACAUCAAAUUCUCUUCCCACUCAACCAGAUCCAAGUCAUCCUCAUACUAUCACCGACCCUCCCUUACACCACACCGUGGCCCUCAAGGAUCUGUCGCACGUGGUGGAACCGGAGAUAGACCAAUAUUGGGAGAAACAGAGUGGAAAAAUCGAGAGAAAGUUUGAUCCGCAAUUUUGUCGUCAUGGAGAAAAAGGAAUGUGUGAUUAUUGUAUGCCUCUGGAACCAUAUGAUAUGAAAUAUCAAGCUGAAAAUCAAAUCAAACAUCUUUCCUAUCAUUCUUAUCUCAAAAAACUUCUUUCUUCCCGUCCACCAAACUCGACGUCAGAUAUUCCACCUCUCACACCCUUGUCACUAUCGGUUCAGACGCCUUGUCCGACAGGUAGCCACGCUCCCUUUCCAGCUGGAAUCUGUUCAACAUGUCAGCCUUCGGCAUUGACCUUAUCCAGUCAGACAUUCAGGAUGGUGGACCAUGUGGAGUUUUCUACUCCUACACUGAUCGACGAAUUAUUGUUCGCUUGGAGAAAGACUGGAAUGCAGAGAUUUGGAUUCCUCAUCGGUAGAUGGGACAAAUACGAAAAAGUACCCAUGGGUGUAAAAACUGUUGUGGAAGCGAUAUGGGAGCCUAGACAGGAAGGUGAAGUGGAUGGGUUGACGGUGGAAAUACCAUGGGAGGAUGAAGAACGUGUCAGUGAGAUUGCGGGGUGGUGUGCUAAAGGUUUGGGAGUGGUGGGGAUGAUAUACACUGAUUUGACUCCUGAACCAGAAGACAUCACACGACUGUUAUACAAACGUCACGCUCAAUCAUACACUGCCACAUCUCUCGAAAUGCUUCUUUCAGCUUCUUACCAGAUCGCCCAUCCCUUACCGACGAGAUUUUCUCCCACUGGAACCUUCUCAUCAAGAUUCGUCACAUGUUGUCUGACCGGCACACAAGAGGGUGGCAUCGACGUGAUCGCCUGGCAAGCUACUGAACAAGCUGAAGCUAUGGUCAGAGCUGGAAUAGUGGAAGCUAGUGUGGAUCCGGGUGUUGUGAGAGUCCGAACGCCUGGAGAAGGGGAAUAUAUACCAGAAGUGUUCUACAGUUUCAAGAAUGAAUAUGGUAUACAAGUGAAAAUGCCUGCCAAGCCAACGUUUCCAGUCGAGUAUCUCUUCGUAAAUAUAACUCAUGGUUUCCCAGUUGACCCCGCCCCGUUAUUCUUGUCCAACUCAUUCCCCAUAGAAAAUCGUCCAGGGUUGCAAGAUCAAUCCCUCGACGUUGUGAUUCGUCAACUUGGCCAGCUUCUUCGUGGACGACUGAUAUCUGCUCCAGAGACAUGGGAAGAUGAUACCAAAUUUGGAAUCGGAAGAUGGUUAAGUGAUUGGCAUUUGGUUUGUUUCUUAUGUAUGCAAGGAUUAUUUUCUCUUGAAGAACAAAAACUUCUUUGUCUCACAUCCGUAUCACACCUCUCUUCCACAACAUCUAUACCGCAAAUCAAUCAUCUUCUAUCAACACCAGGCUGGCAAACCCUUUUGACAAUAGUAGAAUCAUCUUUUACAGAAGCUUCCACACCUCCUCAAUCUAACACUUCAAGUAUCCCUUCUGCCGCUUUUGAUAGAAUGGGAAUAGAUUCUCCUUUACCAAACAAUUCUACUGCUUCAACGAAUGGUACUGGUGUGGGAGCAGGAACAGGUGUUGGAGGUGGGGGAGAAAAGAUUUGUCCACAUUGUACUUUUGUUAAUGAGGCUGGGAAGACUGAUUGUGAUAUAUGUGGAUUACCAUUGUGA